GCCCCGCGCGCGCGGGGGAUGGAACGUUGCUAGAGUUGGCGGGUCUGGCCGCUUGUGGCCCGAGCCUUAGGCUUUGGACCGCCGCGCUCCAAAGCGGGAAUCCGGGAGGCGGGCAAGUCUACAAUUUAUCAUCCCGGAAUCAGUGGACGCCAUGCACCGGAAACACCUCCAGGAGAUUCCAGACCAGACUAGCAACGUUACCACCAGCUUCACCUGGGGAUGGGAUUCUAGCAAGACUUCGGAACUACUGUCAGGCAUGGGGGUCUCCGCCCUGGAGAAGGAGGAGGUGGACAGUGAGAACAUUCCCCAGGAGCUGCUCUCAAACAUGGGUCACCCACAGAGCCCCCCACGAAAAAGACUGAAGAGUAAAGGGAAUGACAAGGACUUUGUGAUCAUCCGCAGACCCAAGCUUAAUCGAGAGAACUUUCCAGGUGUUUCGUGGGACUCCCUUCCGGACGAGCUGCUCCUGGGCAUCUUCUCCUGCCUGUGCCUCCCGGAGCUCCUCCACGUCUCCAGCGUCUGUAAGCGGUGGUACCACCUAGCGUUCGACGAAUCCCUGUGGCAGACCUUAGACCUCACAGGCAGAAACCUGCACCCCGAUGUGAUUGGGCGGCUGCUAUCUCGAGGGGUGGUUGCCUUCUGCUGCCCACGCUCAUUUGUGGACCAACCAUUAGUUGAGCAUUUCAGCCCUUUCCGCAUACAGCACAUGGACCUGUCGCACUCGGUCAUGGAUGUGUCGACCCUCCACGGCAUCCUGUCCCUGUGCUCCAAGCUGCAGAAUCUGAGCCUGGAAGGCCUACAGCUUUCAGAUCCCAUUGUCAAUAACCUUGCACAGAACUCAAAUCUAGUGCGACUAAACCUUUCUGGGUGCUCUGGCUUCUCCGAAUCGGCCCUGAAGACUUUGCUGAGUAGCUGUUCCAGACUGGAUGAGCUGAACCUCUCCUGGUGCUUUGACUUCACUGAAAAGCAUGUGCAAGUGGCUGUCGCGCACAUAUCAGAGACUGUGACCCAGCUGAAUCUCAGCGGCUACCGGAAGAACCUCCAGAGGUCAGAUCUCUCUACCUUAAUUGGAAGAUGCCCCAAUCUUGUCCACCUAGACUUAAGCGACAGUGUCAUGCUGAAUCACGACUGCUUUCCAGAAUUCUUCCAGCUCAACUACCUCCAACACCUGUCGCUCAGUCGGUGCUACGAUAUAAUACCUGAAACUUUACUUGAACUUGGAGAAAUUCCUACACUAAAAACACUACAAGUUUUUGGAAUCGUGCCAGAGAAUACCCUUCAGCUGUUAAAGGAAGCCCUUCCUCACCUCCAGAUCAAUUGUUCCCAUUUUACCACCAUCGCCAGGCCUACUGUUGGCACCAAAAGCCACCCAGAGAUAUGGGGUAUCAGAUGCAAGCUAACACUGCAAAAGCCCAGUUGCCUAUGAUGUACACAUGGCAAGACGGUGUCUCCUUUUUUCUUGGGAUCAGGGAAAAUGGGCAGGAAGUCCAGUUGCUGGAGCACUCGGCUAUUUUUAUUCUUGGUUUUCCCUUUGCCUUCAUUCUGCAAGUAUAUUAGAGAAGCAUUGAGAAAGAAAACUAUGAAGUGUUGCUUUUUAUAAAAUGACUAUAAAAGCCUCUGUCACUGCUAUGCUCCUGAGAGCCUAGUCGUGGGCCUUAUGAAAUUUCAGGAGAAUGAGCCUGUAAUUUCAAGAUCUGCCAAGAGCCAAAUUGAGCUGUCUCUUUCAAGUGCCAUUAUGGUUAAAUCAGUUAAGAAACCAGCUUAAAAAUCACCAGCAGGCAAAUCAUUUUCUUGACCCAAAUGGUAACUUAUAUUUAAUUUUUCAGUAUCGCUUUGUAAGGCAGACUGGAAGAAUGAUAAGCUAUUAGUGCGGUGAGCUGAACAGAAGGAAUCGUAGGGUUAGUCGAUUUGCCGCACUCAUUCUGGGGAUAGAAAAAGAAAAAUACACAUCGCACCUUUGCCUUUAGAUUUGCAAUUAGGUUCAUGAAAAAAUAGUCCUGGGUAAUUCACCUUAAAACCCCAAUUUUAAAAAUCAAUCAGCCAGAGAUCUAGAACUUGAAGGUUCAGGAGGCAGUGUUCUCUGACAGUGGAAUCGAAUAUGAGCUCAUGCGCAUUGCCGAAGUGCCCUUUCAAGUACUGUGCUCCCAGAACACUGAAGUAGCUGAAGAGAGGUGACUGUGGUCUUCUAAUGCUAUGGUCGAAGGACGUGAAGUGGUGCUUUAGUUUUAAAAUGCCUUGCUUUGUUUUAGAAAGGUGGUAGUAAUCCGUCUCUGUUCCUGAUUGCUGGGUGGAAUGCAGACCUGAAGUUGCCUGCUGCUCGCUCAACUUGAUUGCUGAGGUUCUUGAAGUUAUUUUCCUGUUACUCUGGAAUCAAGUCUUUUAAAUGACCCCCCCCCCUUUUGCAACUUUAGAACAUGGGCUGCACUCAGGAGAGAAGACCACUGCAAGAAGACGUCUGGGAGACGUCUGCACGAGCG